ACCUACCUACCUACUCAACCAGUGGACCAAGACAGACACAUACACACCACCCCGCGUAACCCCAGCAUCCAUCCACCCACACACCCGCAUGGGCGAUUUGGAAUUAACGACCCUGAUGGAGUGGUGGAGGGAGUGGUGGCGCAUCAUCCGAACGGGUGACACAGGCACAAAGACAGACACACAGAUACAGAUACAGGUACACAGACACAGACACAGACACGACCACGACCACGACCGUAGGGAACGCAGCGGGAGGAGCAGGAGCAGGAGGGGGAGGGGGAUAAGACAGGAUGAGGAGGAGGGGAGACAAGGGAGACACAAGACAAGAGACACAAGACACAAGAGCCAUGGGAGGUUCAUCUCGGUUGUUCGGCAAGGCGAGAGGGGCGAGGGAGGGACUGAACGGCGCGUCUACGGCGUAGUGUGUGAGUGA